CAAAAUCGACGGCGACGGGACUGCACUGCAGCACACGGUGCUCCAGGAAAAAUUGCUCGCCUGACACUGCACACUGCACACUUGCGGACUCCCCUGAACCUUCUUUUCUUGCUGGAGUCACUGCCGAUGCUGCUGUCCAUGUCGGCGUCGAAGGCGAUGGCGAUGGUGGAGGUACGUACCUCUCAAGCCACAUCAAACCGCAUCAAUUAAACUCUCCGAUACCCUUGCCGCUGCCAUUUGCGGCUAGCCAACCGCCAGAAUAUCUGGAAACUCGGACGUACCGAACUCAAUUCGAGACGGCCAGUAGGUACCUCUGGAAAGUACAUCUGGCCUCACCCCCACCCCCCCGAGUUACCUGUCUUUCCUCCACAGCUCUCGCCAGCACUGUGAAGGUUUUAGAGUACACACGCCGUCGACAGCUCAACGAGGCAGGCGGCGCCACACCCCCAUUGACAUCAAAUGAGGGACGUUGGAGAUUCCACAUGUCACUGAUGAACGGACAACUUCAUCAUCAACCAUCACCACCAACAUCACCACCCAUCAAACACCACUUCCCAGACUUCUACAUGCUUUACUACCACCCCGACAAUAGCACCGCUCACCCUUGUGCUUCGGCUGCUCUGUCUCACUACACCAACAACCACAUCAUGACUGCCCCAUCUAACAACCACAGAAGAGGCCCUUGGUCUGCCCAUGAGGACGCCUAUCUCAUGUCUUUGGUCCAGCACCAGGGCCCCUUGAACUGGGUACGCAUCUCCAAUGCCCUCGGCUCCAGAACACCAAAGCAGUGCCGCGAAAGAUAUCACCAGAACUUGAAGCCUACUCUCAACCACGACCCCAUCACGCCCGAGGAAGGCGUCAUCAUUGAGACCAUGGUCCAGCAAAUUGGCAAGCGAUGGGCCGACAUUGCCAGACGUCUCCACGGCCGCAGCGACAACGCUGUAAAGAACUGGUGGAACGGGAGCCAGAACCGCAGAAAGAGACAGGACAAGCGCAAGGCCACAAUGACCACCACCUCGCUCCAGUAUCACGGCCGCGAGGUAUCCCCGCUCAUGUCGCCCAUGGCCCCCCUCCCUUCGCGGCCCCUCCCCCUUCGCCAGGCCCACAGCAUGGCUUCCCAGAGACCUCUACCUCCGGUGCCGCCUCUUCACCCAUCCUCCAUGCACGAUGCCCAGUACGGGCUCGAGACUCCCAUCCCUUCCCCCGUCUACUCUCCCGACUCGGAGGCGGCCCCCUCUCUGAUGUCGGACAACGGAUCCCACUACGGAGCCUCACCCCAGGCGCCAUCCCCACCGCAGCGCUACUACGACUCGAGGCCCGAGAGUACCAUGCUUGCUCCUCUCAAGACAGCCCCCGAGGAUGGAGUGUACUCUUACCAGACCUCUGCCUCUGCCGCGGACAACAGCAACAACGGCAACAACAGCAACAAACUGCCAUCUCUCACCGACGCCGCUCACCCAAUCCACUCCCCAGACUUCAGACUCAACAUGUCUCCCGUCUUCCCCCGCAGCGACUACCCCAGACAGCCUCUUGCAUAUGGCGCUCCUGCUCCCCAGACCAAUGACUACUCCACCGGCCGCCAGCACCACCACCCUCUUACUGCCCCAAGCUCUCCCAACGCCCCGGCUUCCACUUUCAAGCUGAGCGACCCCGGACUGAGCGCCGUCAGCAGAAUUGAGGAAAGAGUCAACAGACUUUCAGUCUCCAACCUGGUUGACCCAUCCCUCCCUUAG